GCAUUAUGGGAGGGCGCAUGAUUCGAGUCUGUUUUCUGAGGGUGUUUCGAUGAUUAGUUCGAAUUAUUGUCCAUGACUUCUUUAUGAACUCAAAUCCCUAACACAUAAACCUUUGUAAUCAAGUAUUUUAGGUACAAUUUUGUAAAUAAUUUUACGACUCUAAAACAAUGUUUCUCAAUAUAUGAUGCUGUGAUCACAAGUGGCUUACCAACCUAACAAAUGAAACUAAAAAGCAUGUGUGGAUACUUCUUUUUGUCACAUCUUCAUUAAAAACUUAAUGAGACCAUGAUAUGCAGAAAAUCUCAUCCUAAAUAUUUAAAUGGUGAUUCGUAUGUCAGUUUCUAUACCGAAAUGGUGUAGAUUAUUUUCAUUAUUUCUCAUUUAAAGUAUGGUAGAAUCGGCUUUAAAGGUAGUUGUUGGUGAUGGAGAGUUUGUUCUUGAUGAACCAGAUGUCGUUUCCCUGUACAGUCGUGUAAUUUCGGUCUCUCCAUCGAAUUCAUUAUUAUCAGCCGGAUUAAAAGUUGGGGAUCUUGUAACGUCUAUCGACAGGAUCCCUACUAGUGGACUAAAACUCGAUGAAUUGAAGUCUUUAAUUAAUGACUCUACCAGUUCCGGUGAACUGAAACUGAAAGUGAUAGAUAAUGGUGGUGAAAUAUGUUGUUCCUUCCCAGUAGAAGUUGGUAACAAAACAAUUUGUCAAACAAUCAAUAAAGUUACUGAACUCUCAUCAGACAAAUCAGAACAUGAGAAUUUGCGAAUAAUACAUAGACAGGCAUAUCGCUCAUUUCCAGACACUGCGAAGUCACAACGCAAUGUUAAUGUAAAGAACAGCUCCCUCGAAAAACCUAGUCCGCAAAUAAAUUACAAACCAAAGCACACUUCUACCUGUUCUCCUGUUAUUGGUUCAUGCGAGUCUCAAUUAGGUGCAGUUGCAAGACUAGCUAUCGAUGGUGGGCUUACAACUGAUCAACUGCUUCAAAUAGGAUCCUCAGAAACUAAUCAACUUGGGCACUAUUUAUAUCAAUCAUCCACCAUCUGUAAUCAGAAACGUUUGGUACCAGAUCCCAACUACAGAUUUUCACACUCAAGGAAUACGAACUUUUCAACCACUCAUCCUACUUCUCCUUACCCUCACGUUUGUCGUGUUUCUCCACGAGGGACUAGAAGACCUGUAUGCUAUAGUUCUAGCCAAUCUGUUAAUCUUGUUCGAAGUCCCGGUACAACUGCUGCUCAUGACCAAUCACAUGUUCCUAUUUCUCCUACCCAUACUGCUCAUUGCAAUCCUCGUCUAUCGCAGUGCACCACAUCUCGUGAUAACCUACUCACGUUGCAUCAUCUUAACAGUAGUCGUGUUUCCCUUGCUGCUCAAAUGACUCGUGUUGGCGGACUUGUUUUCGCUACUGGUUCACCAAAUCUUGUGUCAGAAAACUCGGAUUCGAAUCCGGUCGAAAAAAGUAUUCCUUCAACCAAGCCUUAUCAAUCGGUAUCUGCUUGUACGUCUCCCACCAACGUGAAACAUACUGUGUCAUCUCAUUCCCAAUCAAGUUCUUUCUUUUCAUGUUCAAGUGUUCCUAGUUCAACGAAUACCCCACCUUUAUCUUCUACAAAUGUUGCAUACAACAUAGCGGCCACAGAUAUAGUUCGUUUGGGACCAGGUAAUAUUGUUACUCGAGCUGCAGCUGGUUCGACUGUGUACAGUCCUUCAAGUUUGAUUCGAAUGCACUGUUCUCCACAACCAUAUGUUGGAAUGGGGAUGACCGGAAGUCCUUAUGUUCCUGUAGUGUCCACGCUUACAAUCUCUAAUUUAAACGUCCCUUCACCUGUAUUAUCGGAUGGAGAUGACUCAUGUUUGUGUACAAAGCCCACCAUCAAUUCUGAACCGAAUAUUUCAACUACAUAUUCAGAUUUGGAGACAAAUAGAACACCUGAAUCAGUCUUUCCUUGUUCAACGUCUUCACCAAGUCCUACAGAAAUGUCUCCAUCAAUAGUAAAUCGACCAGGAACGAAGAAAAGUUAUGUGAAUCCUUCUCUGCGAUCUUCAGCACCUGUGACAUCAUCCCAAUAUAUUUCCACUUCUGAAGGCCCUGCCGCUGAUUCCUUCUUACCUCAUCCUAAACCAUUGAAUCUUUACAAUGUACCAAGUUCGCAAAUAGUUCGAACCGUUAGACAUCUUCGGCGUAUUAGACACAUUCUUGGUGAUUCAAUUGGCUACACCAGUUCUCCAACGUCAGCGUCCACAAGUGCACUUGCAGAUGAAGAUAAAGAUGACUCUGUUAGUUCACCUAAGGUUGGACAACUACGAUCUCAUGGUUAUCAUUCUGUUGAAUCAAUCAGACGAUCUAGUUUAUUAUGUGAUUGUUUUCCAAAUCAGACUACUGAUGUGAAUGAUAGGAAAUCCGUAAAAAUUUUGAACUCUCAUACACCGUCAUAUCCUGUGACUGCAUCUAUCUACUGGAAUGAUUCUGAAAUAGAGGAUUCUAAAAAAUCACUAGUGUGGUAUAAUUAUCAAAUGACGUUAUCAGGUCAAACACUUGUGUUAACACGAGCGAAUGAUUCUUCAAGUCAGAUUUCUAAUCAUCACGCUGAUCUUAACGACAAUUCCAUUCAUAUUCAUAUUCCAUUGCCUGGAGAAAGUUUUGUUUGGUAUUCAGCUUUUGAGUUGCCCGGGAUAGCGUGUACAUCUUUACCAUCUAAUUGGGAUCCUGAAACUGGAGUUAUUGGCGUAUUACACAGUUCAAGAUUAAACUUAACAUGUUACCUUAGCUUUUCGGAUCAUCAGAUAGCGUCUAAUAUCUUUCGUCAUCAUGGACCAGGGAAAAUGAGUGAAGAGUCUAAAAAGAAACACUCCACAGCAAAUUCAUCUCAAAAUAGCUUGCCAUCACAUAGAUUGCGUUCUAAGUUUUCCUCUGGACGAUCUAGUCUUGGUCUUGCUGGACCUUCUGGUGUAACUCCACUAUUUAAAGCUGUUGGAACUGCUGCGGCAUCAGUUGGUAUGCAGCUUAGCGAGUAUGUGAAUUUUCAAGGAUUAUUACAGUCGCAUAAACAAGCUACAGUUUCUGUCUCUUCACCACAAGAGUCUGCUUUAUCUGGAAAUGGUGAUAUUAGUAAAUCAAAUGGUGAUCAAACUUCAAGCAUCCAACCAUGUGAUCCAUCAAAUGUUACUGCACAACCUAGUAAAACUAAAGAGCUUAGAUUUCUUCCUUCUCUUCCUCGCGGUCGUGGACGUUUACAUCAAGCGCUUACUAGAAUGAAACGUGCAGCAACAGCAUCUUGUGAUCCUACUAGCCGUUCAAGUUCCAGCGUAACAACGAGAAGAUUUGCUUCAUCCCAUGGUUUUGGAAAAAACAAAUAUAUUCCUAUAAGUUCUCCUCUUAAAUCAUCCACUGAAAAUAUGAAUUCUUCAAAUAAAUUAGAAAACGUUUUCAAUUUACCAUCUCAUUUGCAGAAUAACCAUAAUAAUAGUCAACUCGCAUUAUUAUUGGCCACAUCGGUCUCACCAUCGCCUUCGUUGCAAACUCCAUGUUUGACGUACUUGCAGUUAGAAUCUAAUGAAUCAGUUAAUUCUAAUAUUGAUUCAUCUAAUUUGUCAGAUGGUCCCCAUGAAUAUUCAAACAAAGAAACAGGUCGUUUUAUCGAUAUAUCAGUCAAUCAACACUCCAGGAGAGAACAUAAAGCAACUAAUCAGCUUACUGUUUUAGUAUCGGAAACUAUGGAUCAUGACGCAAACUCAGAUGGUAUCACAAUUCAAAGUACUAGUAUUCGAAGUGAAUGCACAUUGUUUGUUCAAUCUAAGCAUCCUUUCAUACCAUUGCCUAUUCAAUUAAGUAACCCUUUACCAUUACAUAAAUGUCCUAGAAGUACAUUAUCUCCUUUUGUUCCUUUUGUGGUAGAACUAUGUGUCACACUAAUCGAACGCUAUGGCCUUAAUUGUAUCGGUAUUUAUCGUUUAUCUGGAAGCAAGGUAGCUCAUGACUUCAUUACCUCUGAAUUAAGUAGAGACAUUACUACAAUCGAUGUAACAUCAGAUAAAUGGAAUGAUUUACAUGCUGUUUGUGGAGUUUUGAAAACAUUUCUACGUAAUCUACCAGACUCCCUUUUUCCUAAAGUUAUGUAUCCAGAUUUUCUGGCUGCAUGUCGUUUACCACAACGUGAAAAACGUCUUCUAUCUAUUCAACGUUUAUUAAGUAUUAUGGAAUGUUAUCCAUGUCAUCCAGAGUAUAGAGCACAUAGAGCUACACUUCGUUAUCUUGUUACCCAUUUAGCUCGUGUUAGUGCUCGUGAAGGAGUGAAUAAAAUGACAGCAUAUAAUUUAGCGUUAGUAUUUGCACCAAAUCUUGUACAACCAUGUGAAGAUUCACCUGAAUUACUAAUGAGUGAUUCUAAAUAUAAAAUUAUGCUUGUUGAGACUGUGAUCAAAUAUCACGCGUGGAUAUUUUCACCAGAUUUAGGGCUAGAAAGUGGUUGCUCUGUCCCACCAGAUUCAACAGAAGAUUUAACACCUGAAAUUGAUGUUAAUAAUAAGAAUAAUUCUACAAUAUGUGAUGGUUCAACUAUAGAUUCUGACGAUUCGACUCGGCAACCGGGACGAUUAGAAGGUGAUGUUCAACCGUUGGUCGCUGAAUUAUUAACUGCUGCUGCAAGCCUACCACCUCCACCAUCUGACGUGGAUUUAGAAACAGCUGAAAUACCUGGACCAGAAUCUGAUCGACCUUCUGAUAUCAUUAUGUCCAGACCACGUUUCACUUCAAUCCCGACUAGUAAUUGGUCAUCUUCAGUAACAAGUAUUUCUAGAAUACCAUCUGGUGGCCUACUUAAUGAGUUGACUACAACAGCAGAUAAUUUAUCCACACUGCAAAUUAAAUCAGAUUUCAGUGAAGACCAAACAGUUGUAUCAGAUAUAGAACAUAAGGAAACUGAAGAACAUAUAUCAAUUGUUACUAGUUCAAUUUUACGAUCCCUUCAAACUCCUUCAGGGUUCGGUACUAAAUUGGACAAUCUACGUCAUUUAAGUCAAGGAUGUUUAGAGGAAUAUACAUCAGAAGCCCGUAAACUUGGUGUUCGAGUUGCAGAAAGUGAACGUGUUCUCGAGGAUACUGUAGCACAACGUUUGCAUGCAGAACAACGUUUAUUUGAAGCCAGAAUUGAAUGUUCAGAGUCAUUUGUAGCGACAUCACUAAAACCUCAAAAUGAUCUAUCUACAGAACUAAUUGUUCAGUCUCAGAAUCCCAAUAAUAUAUCAACUUUAAUAUAUCCUACCCCUUCUAUUACUGCUGGUAGAUUAAGAGAUCUGAAUGUUAGUGAAUCCAAAGAUGAAAGUUCGAGCAACACUGUUCAUCUUGAAUAAAAUAUAUCUAUUGGUGAUAUUUAGGGGCUCUAGACGCAAUGAAACGUAUUUCAUUCAAUUAAAAUCGUUUCCUUACGACUAUUAUUAUGAUUAUAAUAGUCGACUUUCAACAUUAAUUAAUUUUAUACUCAGAAUGUACAAAAAGAAACACACUGACUUUCAAUUAUCCUUUUACUAUAAGUUUACGAAAGUAGACUUGUUUAUACUUUCAAAUUUCGCUGGAGAUUUUUUUCAAAUUGUAUCCCACUUAUCAUUCAUGACAGUUAUUUGUGUGAAGCGGAUUUCUCCGUUUUCUUUCUUCUGCUCCUUCAGUUAAAUAUCUUAUCAUGCACAUAUGCAGUUUUAUCGAUAUUUGCAAUUAUCAAUCAUCUUGUCAGCUUCGUCGCAAAAUAUACAACUGUACAGAAAAAUAUAGAUGCAAAACCCAUUGAUGGGUCUAAUUUCCUACUCCUUCGUUGCAUUAUAUCCUUUUUAACACUAUAUUACUCUCCUACGUGCCAAGCUGUGUAAUUAAUUGAUUACAUUGUGUAAAGAAAAAAACCACUUCUCUGUUCUUGCUAAUCUAUUUUAUUUCUUUGAAAGUUAUUUGUUUACCUAUUUAUAUAUAUGUAAUGCCUUUGUUAGAAAUUUUUUUCAAAUAAUGGCUUCAAUUCUCUGUAUUUUCAAUAAUAUUCAUACUUAUUAUACUUUCUCUUUAGUAUUUGGCUUUUCGAACCCUUUUCCAUUGAUCAUGACCAUCAUUCUUACCAGUCUAUUUGUUUAUGUGGAUUUCCUUUCAACCUCUUGCAUUGACUGUAUAAACUAAUCGAGUUUCAUCCGUUCAAUUAAUCCUAAUUUUGUUGUCACCAUUUUUGGCUCAAAAUAUUUGUUGUUAUUUUUCUCUAUGUUGUAUGUGUUUAUGGAGCAGUAUGGUAAAAUUACUAUGUCAAAUACGUUAACUAAUGAUCCUUUGUUUUUCAUGCUACAUCAUUGUUUAUCUCUAAUGAUAUAUGAUUUCCCCUUUUUUUUAUCCACACGGGUUAAUAAGUUAAUGUCUUUCAAAGAAAUCGUUAUUUUGUUGUUUUUUGUCGCUCCAAUCUCAUUCAUGAUACUUGUACAAUUUAAUUAAUUUGUUUACCUUGUAGUUAAUCAUUGAAAAGAUUUUUUUCUAUGAUAAUUGUUGCUCAUAUAAUUGUCGUGAUCACUAACUUCUUUUAACACUUUUUUUUUCUCACUCUCCUGCAUACAUCAUCUACCCUAAUGAUACUGAUUUUCCAACUUGUUCUUGCUUUUAUUCACUACUAUUAUAUAUUCACUUAUCUAUCCUUUCAUCUGAUGCAUUAAUUAAUAAUUAAUAUUUGUAUAUAAGACAAUUUGUCAUAUGAAAAUCGACUUUACUUUUUUCGUUUCUCCUAAAUUUACUUUAUGUGACUUCUUUUAGUUGUGGGGUUGUUUAUUUACAUAUUUAUGUUGGACUAGUCUAAUGCUUAUUGACCCUUCGCAUAAAAGUUGCAUUAGAUAAAACAAAAUAAUUUUACAAUAAUACUUAUUCCCCUUGUCGUUAUCAUUAAUGUUGUUGUUUUUUUCUGUCUCGGUACAGUACUGUUCAUUUUUAUUGUCUAAGCAACAACUUUUUCCGGUUCUAUUAGUAACAGUUGUUUGAUGAACUAUGUUCAGUUUAUUUUGCAUGUUUGCAUUAAUUGAGUUGUGUUUUGUUUCUCGUUUAUCACCUCUCCUCUUCUCUCACUGAUUAUUAGUUCCAGAAUAUGCUGAAUUUUUCUUAUUUUUCUAUUAUCCUCCCUCCACCUCAACCAUGUGUAAUCAGAAAACUUAUUGAAUAAAAUGUGUCAGUAAACCAUAAAAACCGUAGAUUUUUUUUAGAAAAACGGUUUUGUUUUGAGAUAAAAGAAUUUCCAUUUAAGUUUAUUAUUAAGAGUACCAUAGUUACUUGCUUUGUUGUUCUUGUUAUUAUUACAAAAAUCAAAACCUGUAAUCCUUCCUUUGGUUUCCUUUACAUAUUCCCCGCCAAUCUUCAUAUUUGUAAUUUUUAUUAUGCUUCUUGCCAUGUGGUUUGCUUUAAUUGAUAUAACUUUUUAAAUUUUAGUUUUAUUUGCAAAAUUAAACCAAUGCUGAUUAAUUUUUUCUGUCUGCUGUUUACACAUAAUCAUAAUCCAAUAAUAACUGCUUUUUGUAAAAAUAAAUAUUUAGAAAGAAUAGAAUAAAUCAAUGAUGUGAUUAUACUUUUGUUGAAAUUGUUGCAAAACAUCAUAUACUUAUUAAACCAGUAAUUAUUAUACUUUUUGUUUGAUCAUUCAACUUGCUCCUUGUAAUUUUGUUCUUGGAAAAAAAACAAUAAUGUUGGAGGUGUAUUUUGAAUGAAAUAAAUCUAUUUCGUAUGAUAUAUUG